CCUGGCCGGGGCGGGAUGGGCCAGGCCAGCUGCUGCUGCGGCUCCAGGGAGGCUCUCAGCGACGCCGAGCCGGUGCUGAGCACGGAUGUGCGGCUGAGCCGGGGCCGCAAGAGGAGCGAGAGGCGCCUUCUCCUCCUCCAGGAGGAACUGGUCAUCGCCAAGUUGCAACGUGGCACCUCCGUGCGCCCACAGCUCCGCCUGGCCCUGGACCGGCUGUGGGUGCUGAGCGGCGGGACGGAGGCGGCGGGGGAGGAGGAAGAGGAGGAGGAUGGCAGCGGCGAGGGCAGCAAGUCCCUCAUCCUCGCCUGGCCCACCGGCUCCUGCCUUGCCACUUUCGACUCCCGGGCCCUGAAGGAGCUGUGGGUGGGCACCCUGCUGGGGCAAGCAGAAGGAGCAACGAGAGCGCGGGUGACGCGACUGCCCUCCAUCAAAGUCCUGGAGAAGGAGCUGAGCCGCCGCCGUGCCUGGAGGACAUUAAGCGCCAGGAGCCUGGAGACCCUGAUCGAGGGCCAGGCAAAGGCUGAUCCCCAGCAAGGGCCGCCGCCGUUCCCUGCUGGCAAUGGAGGGGGACGUUGCUGCUCGGCAGGUGAGUUUGGGAAAGAAAGGCAGGGAGGGCCGCCUUUCCUCCCUCAACCAGCACUUGUGCCCAAGGUGGGAUGCUGCUGCGGCUGCCCUUCGCCCCGAGCAAGUCGGUCCCCACGGCUCUGCAGCAGGAGAGAGCUGAGCCCUCGGGGUCCCUUCGUUCCCCCCUGACGCCUCUCCCUUGCACGCAGGGGCAGAGGGGACAUUGCCGAGCGCUCGAGGUGCUGCCUGCCUCUGGGGCAUCCUCAGAGCCAGGCGGA